AGUGGUUUUUUAAGUGUUUAUUGUACCAACGUUGAUUCCAAAGAGGAUUUAAUCCAAUAGUGUAAUAAUAAAAUCCAGCCGUCAGCGUCGGCAGCAACGGACAUGGCGUAGGCAGAGAACGGGCGCCGAACGCUUGAUAUAGCGCAGCCAUGUUUAAUUUCUUCAAGCGAAGGAGCGGGAAGGCCGAGGUCGCGUCUCCCGAGAGUACCCGACAAACGCCGGCCGCUCCCGAAAAAACACAAGCGCGCGCGCCAAACGACAGUGAUGUAACGAACGAGAAAGCGGUAACCCGCAAAGAUGUAGUCAACUUAUUAAUACCAGAGGUAGAUUAUAGUCAAAAAAGUGGUGUAAGCGCGAUAUUACAAAUGAUGGCUGGUAAAAGGAAGAAAAAUAAGAAUAAACGUUCGGAAUCCUGUCGCGUGAGUCCGCCUAAAGAGACGCAGACGAAUUUGCAGCGCAGCAAAUCAGAUGCGGCGCCGGAUGACGUCACACCCAAAAAUACUGGCGACAAUCAGACGAGCACUGACGAUCAGGCGGAGUUCGUGAAGGCAUUAGUCCUGCAAAAAUAUACUAAGCCGGCGGACAGACACGUGUCGCUCGUGUACGUUAACCCAGCUGAAGAAGAGAAACGACAUGCGGAGGCAUUGCUCCGCGAGAUCGCGAGGAGCAUAGACUGCACCAUAGACGGCAUCAACAAGCAGAUGGGGACUACAGAUAGUAAAACGGAACGCAGAUCUGAACCGGUAUACGAAACGAUCGAGGAUAAGAACAAACCUGAAAUUGAUACUUACAAAAACGAAUUGAAAAGUGAGCUUAAAAAAUUGCUGCAUGUCGAAACAAAAGAAACCAGAGAGGAAUCUCCGGCUCUUAUAAAGAAAUCAAAUUUGAAACCGCCUAAAUCUGAUACUGAAGGUUGCUCCGAUGACGAUAGAUCAGAUUGCGGCAAAAAACGUGUCACAUUCAGAAAGCAUAUCGUUUUCGAUGAUGGCGAGCAACAGACUGAUGAAGAGGUCGAUUCCUCAUUCGAAUCUCUUUCUUCUGAAGAGGAAGAAGAAGAAUAUUUGGAGGAUACCUUGCCAGAUAGCGACGAAUUAUUGGGAGGUUACGUAGUAUCUCAAAAUGAUAAUAGGACGCUUAUCAACGUUACAGAUGGUGAUGUUAGUGUUAAUAUCAACGACGAUAGUUUAAAAAGAAUAUCUAGUGACAACAGUGACAGUGGCUUUAUUGAUAGUGAAAAGAAUGAGUCGGGUGAUGACGCGACGUGCGGUAAAAGUAUAGAGGUGGAGGAAAGUGAACAGAGUGAGAGUGAGGUGAGUGAGAGUGAAACGGAAGAGGAGAUUAUAGAAGAGAUCGAGGAGAUAGAAGAAAUAGAAGAGGAAGAAGAAGAGGAGGAGGAGGAAGAGUUUGUUGGUGCCGAUGACAACCAGCCUAGUGAUAAGAAGACAUUGGUGAGCCAGGAGAGCAAGUUCCAAACACAGGUGUCAGCACUAACAGAGCUAGCUGAUACAAGAUGUGGGGAGACAGAGAAAGCGAGACAAUUGAUAGCACAAUACAGGAAAGAUAUUGAAGCGAAAGACCAGGAAAUAGAACAAUUAAAAUGCGAGCUGGCCGCAGCGUACAAAGAGUCAGAACUGGUCAAGCAACGCAGCAAGUCUUUGGAGGAAGAGUUGGUUGCAGCGAGAAGCUGUUCCGCUGACCUUGCUCAACAAUUGCAGAAGAGGAAUGAUGAAUCAUUACGUCAGUUGCGAGCAGAGCUAGAAGAUGCCCACAAUAGAAGAGCAGAAUUAGAAUCUAGAGUGCAAGCAUUAGAGCGAGAUAGAGAUAGACUGCAACAAGAGAAAUUAUUGCAAGAACAGAAGGCUCAAGAGGCAUUGACAACAGCGGAAGAAAACACAACAAAAUGGCGAGCUGCACACGAGGCGGCCAGGAAUCAAGCGGCGGCGCGCGCCGAACGCAUGUUAGCAGACUGCGAGUGGAAGAUGAGAGAACUGGAAAAGAAAGCCAGGGACGCCGAGAAAGAGAAAAAAGCUUUGACAGAAACUGUAGAAAAGAUGAAAUCAGCUCCGCCUUCAGCUGCUCAUAUGGCUGAACUCCAACAACUCAGAGGAUUAGCAUCAGAACAGCAAAGAUCAGUCCAAGCCCUGACACUGCAGCUGCAACGCGUGGAGACGAGGGAGGAAGCACUGAAACUAGAGGUGCACCGGCUUAAAGAACUACUGGAUAAGGAAGCAAGAAUAUCAAAAGAGAAGGAUGAGAGGCAUAUGCAGACAAUAGAUAGACUAGAAAAACGUCACACAGAGACUAUAGACAAUCUAAAGGCGGAACACGCAACUUCCGCUGCGAACAGUCGUGCAGCAUUGGAGAGGAUGCACGCUGAAAGAACCAGAACUGCACUCGCGCAACUGCGGGCCGAGGCGGAACAAGAGGGCAGAAACGCGGAUAGAAAGCUCAGAGAAGUCACUACUAGGUUCGAAAAUUUAAAAGAAGUUCUCGCGAGCAAGGAGACUCAAUUCGAACAUGCCAUCGCAGAAGCUCACAGUAAAGCUGACUGGGACAUCAUGCAGCUGAGACAUCUCCUGGACAAAGCCGAUAUCACUUAUGCGAAUAACGUAGAAAAGAUGAAUGAACGGUUCGAAAAAGAAAGAGAACGUCUUAUAGAAGAGUGGUCACAAAAAGUUAAAGAAAUAGAAGAACAAGCGUCGACUGCUGCAGAUGAAGCAAAGCAACUUUUAGAAACCACACGUCAAAAGCUCACAUCCGAGAAAGUCGAACAGAUAAACAAACUUAAAGAACAGCAUAGGCAAGAAAUGGAUGAGCAAUGGGAGCAAUUUAUGUUCGACAAGGAAAGCUGUCUCCAGAGAAUGAAAGCAGAGUGUCUACAGGAAGGGGAAGAAGAGAGGGUAAAGAGAGAAAGAGAACUGCUAGAUGAGAUAGCUGAAUUGAAGUCCCUACUUCAAUCGAAAUCAGUUGAUUUCGAUACUCUAGCAACCGAAGCGGCAGCAUGCGGUCGUACUUUAGCUGUUACAGAAGAAGAGCUCAAAGAGGCACUGGCGAGAGAGAAGGAGCUAAGAGAAAAGAGAUCAGAAGACAUUACGAAGAUCAAGCAAGUGGAGAGAGCGUCAAAGGAGCAGAUUGAACAUUUGACUAGGAAGUGCGCAUGUCUUAGGAAACUUUUCGACGAUAUGCGAGCAAGACUUUCCGCCCGGGAGCGCUCGGCGGAGCAGGAACUCAGGAACAAGGACAAAGAAGUAACCCAACUGAGAGCUGAAGUGGCGAGACUGACCAAAAUACUCGUCGAACAGAGCUCGCCUAAGCUCGGCGCCCGUACUCGAGCGGACGGCUGCGAGCAGAUCUCAGCCGGUGGGGAGUCAGAGCCGCGCCGCAAGGGAGGGACUCUCCGUACACCAGAAUUGACACGAAGACGUCCGACGCUCCCUGAACUCCCAGAGAUGCCGCCCUUGCCCCAGAAGGCAGCCGAUGACGAGCAAAAUGGCCGGCGUCGUUCCAAGAGUGUUGACCUGCCUGCCGUACAAGUACCAAUCAGGAUAAAACAGUUGACGGGAGAAGAUCUUAUUAAAAAUACAAGUACAUAGUUAAAAUAUAUAUAUAAUCAAAGACCCAUGUAACACAUAAAGAGAUUAUAUUGGCAAUCAUAUACCUUUAAUGCGAAAGCCGCUGUCUUCAGUCUUUGUCUCUACUUUCGAGCACCUCCACUAUUGCAAUGCCUUGGGGCGGUAAUAGGAACGAACUUAUGAUUUUUUUAAUGCAGGUUACUCAGAUUAAACAAUCUGCCCGAGCAUUUAUCAAUUAUGACAUUAAAACAUUCUGAUUUAACGUUCGAUAAAUCAGGUUCCUUACGUUUAUAUCUAGAAUUAUGUUAAUUUAAAAUGAAAAGCAAAACUGAUAAACAAAUUGCCUUACAUUUUAUUAACCAAAUCAAAUUUGCAAAAAAUUAUCUCCUUUAAAUAAUAUUGUUUAAGAAGCAUAUGAGAAUUUCAGUGAUUAUAAAUCUAUGAUCUUUUUUUGUACAUUUAUAUACAGCAUUGAUGUGCGGUGAAAAUUGAAUAUACUUUAUACUCUUUUGGCCAUUCAUUUACAGGUGUAAAAUAACGAAGUGUAAAGGGUAAUUAAAGUAUUGACUUACUCGUAAUAUAUAAAAUGCCUUACUAUUUAUGUUAGUUUUUUAAAUAAAUACAUAUAUGUUUAACGCAUACAACUUGAAAGCAAGUUUAUUAGUUGUUAAUACAUUGCUAAUCGCUGCUAUUUGUUUAUUGAAGGAAGCUUAUUUGCUAGUAUUUCUCCAUUGAGAAGUACUGGUAAAAAAGGAACUUUCAAUUAAAAUAGACUGAAUUAAUAAUAUUUUUUGCUUUAAAUUUCAUCAGAUAAUGGUGUUUCUCAUAUUUAAUAUGAAAAUGGUCGUCGUGAAAUAACAUUUUCACUCGUAUCUAAAUAAAUUAUGGUAUUUUUUCAUUUGAAAUUUAGAUAAAAUUGAGCCAAGAAGAACAAAAUGAGUUACUUCAUAAGUUUUUAGAAACUGUUUUUAAUUAUAUACGUACCUACCUAAAUUAGUAGAAUAGGAAGUCUUGACAAUAAUAGCUUAAACCUUAUUUGUAUAAUGUUACAAAUUAAUUAAUAAAUGUCUCAUUUCAUAAUGCAAUAAUAACUUACCAAUUUGAUAUUAGCAAGAAAAAGUUUUAAUUACAAAAGAAUUUAAAUUCCUUAUAAUUAUUUGAAAUAACGUAUUUUAUAUCGUGCUUGAGUUACAUUUUUUUUAACUAUGUUAGAUUCCCCUGCAAAAGUUGCAAAAAUUUAGUUACAAUGUUUUUUCUUGCACUUGUCGAUUUAAUUGUAUCUCGUUGUGCAAUAUCUAUUGAAGAUAAGUAAAUAAGUGCAAUAAUAAUAAGUAUUACCACUUUUCUUAGUGGAAAGUAAAGAAAUUUUGUUCUUUUAAGCCUUCCAGACACAUGUAAGAAUGUUUGAAAAUACUGUGUGAUAUUAUUAAGCGGUCCGGCAGAACCGAAUUUUUCGAAAUUUACUACACUAGGCAGAUAUAAUGUUCAGUAAUAACGUUAAGCUAUUUAUUUUUAUUUAUAUUAUAUAGUAGUGAAAGUCUAAUAUUAUUGUAUACCUAACUAUGUAAUGCGUAUUUUCUUUUUAUAACGAUCUAAAAGAAAUUGUAACUGAAAAUAAAAAAUCUAAUGACAUUAAAAAAGCGAUAUAUUACUUAUAUAUACUGUAUAUAUUACUUAUUUGAGAUCGCUUUUAAAAAAUAAGUACCUAAGUACCUAGCUCAAAUUAUAUUUCUCAAAUAAUCCUUUUAUACUUUUAUUGUGGAAUACUUACAUAUAAAUUACUGUUAAUUUUAGCCAGAUAAAUGAUCAGUAAGUAUAUAUUAGAAGAACCGUAUCGUGUGACUGCUUAUUGCAAGUAUCUGCCAACUAAAAAGUGCAAUAUUUAAAACUUUGACUUUAUAAAAUGAAUACGACUUUAAGUGUAAGUUAUAGUUGUAUUUAAUCGUUCUGUAUAUUUGUGAUCAUUUCUUAAUAAAUAAUUUUU